AUGCGCCGCUGCGCGGUACUUAGAAAGGCACUUCCGCCUCUCCGCCUCUCGACAAGCGGGAGAGUGGACGAGGAGGCGCAGCCAGCCACCCAGCCUUUUGCAGCGUCUUUGCACACGUGCACCAGCAAUGGCCUUCCAGCUCGCUGCUUCGACGACGUGGACGCGGACACCCGACUCACCUCCCCACUCUCAUCCGCCGUGACAGGGGCGAUGACGUUCCUGUGCGACACCAUCGCUACUGCCAGCCGCCCUUCCGGAACGCUGACGUGUGCCAUGCGGUGGUACACGGCGCCCUCGGCUGAGGAGUCUGUCUGUGAUGGGGACGCAAAGACGGACACUCUCACCGACGCUGGCUCAGCUGUAGCGCGCGCUGAGCGUCCGGCAGGAACGAAGAAGGCCUCGAAGAGGACCACGGUCACAUCGAGCCCAGCAGCCAUAACGAGGCCACCGAUCCCGGCGCCGCUGACCUCCAGCAGCAGUAGCUUCUCUGCUCCGCCGCUGCGAGACACUCAGCAGACUGAACACCUAAAGGCUACCCCCCAGCCUGCUGCGCACGAAACCAAGGUGGCAGGUGGAGAGGAUGGCAGUGAUGCGGUCACCAGCACAGCCUAUGCAGGUGUGCGCGGAGGAGGGAGUCGCCUCGUAAAGGGCGAGGCAGAAAACGCCGCCGCAGCCGCAGGCGAUGACGAGGAUGAUAACAGCAUCACCUUCUCUGAGGCAGCCUCGGUCGCGGACCUCUUUGAGAUAGAUGAGCUGAAUCGGAAUGCAGCGGGGGCGGAUUCCGCAAGAGCUACCAAAGGCGCGCACCAGCACGCUGGCGACCACUCCGGUGUGUCUGGUGCCACGGAGCGCAGAGGUACUUUAUCCGCCUUUGCACUGCCCGCCAACCACAGCCGAAGCGGCAGUGGAAGCACUGCAGCCGGAAUCGAGGACACGCUCUUGAGCGAUCCGUUUCACGUGCCGAGCGUGGACGACGACGCGUUCGCACGGGACGGGGACCUGCCGGCCUCAGCGGCGGCGAGCUACAGUGCCGUCUCGAGACCGCAAAACCUCAACGAGAACGUGCUCUCCGCCGUUGACGUGCUGUGCGACGAUUUGUUCCACUGCAAAACAUCUGUCCUGCGCUCCUUCGCCCGCACGCGCUCCAUUUCCGCUCAUAAAAAGGUAGAGGUAGUGCUGCGCCUCCUCGAGAAGGCCCACCACGAUGCCCAUGGCGAGAGCAACGACCUCAGCGUCACGCGUCGCCUGCUAGGCGACGUCUUCGAUGAAAACGUUCGCACAAGCGGGCUGCGCAUGGCGUGGACGAACAAGUCGCUGGAGGCGGCGCACAUCGAAGAAGCGUGCGAGUCCCACCUAAGUUUUGACUUGCUCGCGAACUCGACGAAGGCACUCAUGGUGCGGCGGCACGCGGGCGAAAUCUCGCGUGUGCUGCGCAAGCUCACCCGAGUGUUUCAGCAAGAGCAAGAGCAGAUCUCCCUCGCCGCAGUGGGUGGCGUGUUCCGCAAUUACCGCGCCGCCGCCGACGAGCUGGUGCGGGAGCUGCCGGUGUGCGAGCUGCUCAGCCCUUUUGCGGGCUACCUGGUCAGCUAUGUACGCUACGGCGCCGCGAAGGAGACGCUGACGCGGGCUGAUGUGAACGAGCGCCUUGUCCAGCUGGGUUUGGUGCAACCCACUGUCCAGGAGGCAGACGACAGCGCCCUGCUGCACCGCCUCAUGGGCCUGCUCGACCCCGCUGUGCAGCAGGUCCAGCGUCGGGCGGAGUGCUUUCGCCACGCGGAGCAGCCCCGAGUGGUCGGGAUGGAGAACAGCGACGUUAUCGCGAGCACCAUCCGCGCCUUCAGCGAAGUGUCCCACACCAAGUGGAAUACGCAGGCAGCACCGGACUGGGUGCAUGACCUCGCGCGACUCUUCUGCAACUGGGAAGCGAUCCUCCGCACCGACCUGCCACGGUUCGAGGAGGUGCCGCGGCACUUCUUCGACUGCAUCCUCUCUGGCGUGGUCUGCCUCUACAUUGCCCAGCGCGUGUACGGCAACUCGGUGGGAACGACUGUCGUGCCGCUGUACCAGCGCCUGGCCGUAAAGAAGUCGCUGCGGCUGCACUUCAACAACGACGAUAACACGGAGAGCGCGUUGCGCGACAUCAUGUCCUACGUGCAGGCCGGCGUGACGGAGGUGCGCGGUGGCGUGCGAGGCGAGUUUUUCGCUGGUGUCCUCUCGCAAAUGCAAGGCGCCUUCCAGGACGCGCAGGAGGAGCGGUCGGCCCUGCAUGAUGAGCGUGUCGCCGUCAUCUUGAACGCCGUCUGCGAUAUGGGGACGAACUGCACUCGCUCCGCCGGUCUCUUCAACCUCCUCGUGAAGAUCACCGAGGACCUCGCCUUCCACUUCCGCUUCCAGCGCAUAUAUAAGCGGCUGAGCGCGCCCGACCGCGCCACCAUCCGCACGAACGGGAGCAUUCGCAUGUCGCAGACGCUGGAGUACUUCGAGAAGGAGUUGCACGUGACGCCCAUCUCCACGAAGGCGGUCGGCUUCUUGGUGGUGCAGCUGCUCUAUCUGUCGUUUCGCGGCGAUGGCAACAAGCGGCCGGUGCUCGAGCGCUUUGCGAGCGUUACCGGGGCAACGGAGCUGGACAUGGUCGGGCUGACCGAGAUGGCGGCUACGUCAGUGCGCGACCUGCACGUCGCCUUCCCCCCGCAGCUCUCCUACAACUCGUGGCUCAAUGAGUCCGACACCCGUGAAAAGUCUGUGUACGGCGUGUUGCCGUCCGUGGCGGUGAAAGGGUCGGCGAAUCAGGCGAUGAUUGUGUCGCAAGCGCCGAUGUUGAAGGCACUUGACGCCAUCUCGCGUGUGCCAUGGCGCAUAAACAAGUACAUGCUGCACGUGCAGGAGGCGGUCGUGCGCGAGGGAUUUGGGUUUGGCAAGAUUCGGCCCGGCUUCUACCCUCUUCACUACUACUAUAUGAGUGACGGCGAAAUCAGGUACCCGUCCGAUCGCCGCCGCUCGGCGUUGCUGAACGGCAAUGACGACGACGACGACAGCGACCUCGCUGCCGGUGACGUGUUCAAUCUGCUGCAGCGGCGGCAGUGCAUCCUGCAGCAGAAGCAAGACUGGAAGGAGCUAAGCGAGCUGCGCAGCAGCCGUAUUCAUUACCUGCUUGGACUGCGCCAGGCCCGCUCCAUCGUGCAGUUCUCACACAUCUAUUUCCCCAAUAGCAUGGAUUUUCGCGGUCGCAUGUACCCGCUCCCGGGGCGGCUGAACCACACCGGGUCAGACCCGUUCCGUGGCCUGCUCGAGUACGCGGAGCCGAAGCCGCUGGGUGCGGUAGGGCUGUACUGGCUGAAGGUGCAUCUGGCAAACAAAAUGGGCAUGAGCAAGCUAUCCUUUGACGAGCGGGUGCACUACGUCGACGAGCACAUGGAGGACGUCGUGCAGAGCGCCGAGAGCCCCCUGGUCGGCGAUCGAUGGUGGCAGGAGGCGAGCGAGCCGAUUCAGUGCCUCAUGGCGUGCAAGGAGGUGGCAGACGCGAUGAAGUGCUCGCAGGGCCCAGAGAAGUUCCUCUCGCGGCUGCCCGUCGCCGUGGAUGGCAGUUACAAUGGUCUGCAGCACUACUCCGCCAUUGGUCGCGACGCCUUUGGUGCGAAACUGGUGAACUUGGUGCCGAGCGAGCGCCCCGCCGACGCCUACACGGGCAUCCUGAAAGAGAUGCUCAAGUCCAUAUGCAUCGACGCCGACCGCGAUCACCAGGUGGCGCAGCGGUGCCUCGGCACCGGCAGAGGCCAGGACAAGGAUCACAUCAAGCGCAAGACAAUCAAGCGUCCCAUCAUGACGCAGGUGUACGGUGUCACUAGCUACGGCAUGUCAGAGCAGAUCUUUGAUGAGCUGGUGAAGCAGAACAAGAGCCACGGACUUUGGACGCACACAGACAUGAAAGAGAUGGCGGCGUACCUGCGGGACAAGGUGCUGGAGUCGCUCGGCAUCACGUUCCGCGAAACCCAAAACUGCCGCAAGUGGAUUAGUGAGGUGACCACGCUGCUCUGGAAGGUGCAGCCGGCCGAGCUGCGCAACGCGCUGUGCUGGACCACCCCGCUCGGCCUUGUAGUUCGGCAGCCCUACAAGGUUCGCAACGAGUGCUCCCUGUUUACGCCCCACGGCUACAGCCGAGUACCUGGGGACUCCGUCGCCCCUGCGAGCCGCAAGCAGCUGACAGCCAUUGCGCCGAAUCUGAUUCACUCGCUCGAUGCGACGCACCUCGCCAUGACUGCGCUGGAGAUGCAGCACCAGGGGCUGUCCAUGAUGGCGGUGCACGACUCGUACUGGACGUACGCGUGUGACAUGCCGAAGUUGUCGCAGGUGUUGCGAGAGCAGUUCGUGAACCUGUACUCUAAGUACGACCCCUUGUGGGAGUUGAAGGAGCAGUGGGAGGAGACGUACUUCAUGGACCUGCGGCGGCACGGCGUGAAACUGCCAGACCCGCCCAAGCGCGGUGAUCUGGACCUGAAUGUGGUCCUCAACUCGCCAUACUUUUUCUCGUAG